AUGGUCGCUGCUCUCAAGGCACCUGCUGCUCCCGCUCCGGUGAGUAUCACGCCGGUGCUCAACUUUGAAAUCUUGCUGACUCAAUCCACAGGGUUCUGUGGGACGAGCAAGGACCAUUGCCGCUCCCCGGACUGCCAGCUAGACUUCGGCCACUGUGACACUCACAAGAUGCCCAAAGGCCCGCCCACGGACCAGAUCCCUCGUCCUCGCGUCGGCCAGGUACCGUAUGGCCCGAUGGGAAUCCGCUCGUGCACGGUUCCCGGAACCAUUGCGUUCACUUUUGACGACGGCCCAUCCCACUACACUGGGGACCUGCUUGAUCUGCUUGAUCGGUACGGCGCCAAGGCUACUUUCUUCAUCACGGGAAACAAUAACGGCAAAGGCCAGAUCGAUGACAAGAAGUUGCCCUGGAUGGCUUUGAUUGAGCGCAUGCAGAAGACUGGCCAUCAGAUUGCCAGCCACACGUGGUCCCAUGAGGAUCUCAGCAAGGUAACCGCCGUGCAGCGCCGUGACCAGAUCUUGAAGAAUGAAGCCGCGCUUCGAAAUAUCCUCGGCCACUUCCCCACGUACAUGCGUCCUCCUUACUCCAGCUGCAAUCCCGCCUCGGGCUGUGGAGACGAGCUCGGUAGAUUGGGUUAUCACAUCAUUCUGUACGACAUUGAUACAGACGAUUACAAGAACGAUCAUCCUGGCCGAAUUCAAUUGUCCAAGGACAUCUUUGACCGGGCUCUAGGCUCUGCUUCCCCGUUCGACAAGUCCUGGCUGGUCAUCGCGCACGACGCGCACGAGCAAACGGUCCACAACCUGACAGAGCAUAUGCUGAAAACCGCCUCGGAGCUAGGCUAUCGCCCGGUUACGGUGGGCGAGUGCUUACGUGAUUCGCCAGAGCACUGGUAUCGGCGUGAUGAUCGUGGCCCUGCGAAGAAGAAGGGUUCCAGCAGCUGGAAAGUUUGUGACAACAACUCGGAACGGUGUGUGCAGAAUUGCGAGAAUAGCACUGGCUAUUGCCCCGCGGAGGUCUCUUCCAAAGGAGAUGCCAGGGAGUCACGUCUUCCGAACAAGAGCUCCAAGUCAGACGCGGAUGCGGAUCUGCGAACGAUUGGCUCGGCGACAGUGACCUCGCUGCUUCUGGCUUUGAUCGUGGCCAUGUUGAUGUAA